AUGCGGAGGAUCGAACGGGGUGGCAUGUGGUGCACUGGUAUUAAAGGGACCAUAUUGGCUACGUAUCUCGGUGUUCGGACGCCCCGCCGACUUUGGGAAGCACUCUGCAAGCGGACCAGACAGCUCAAAAGGAGGAUCGCCGCAUUCCUGGCCCCGGCGGGUUCAAGCCAAGAUGCCAACACCACUGCUGUAGAGUGGGCUUUACUCCAUUCUCAUAGAACCCACGCGCUCUUGGCUACUGUCCAAGACCGUCUUGGCUCUGGACCAAGAGGCCCAUUGGCAUUGGCGCCGCCCCAGCACCAUCUGCUGAAGCACUGUGAGCAGUCAGCAGCGAGAGAGCGCGUUGGCGAGAGUGAGCAGGGAAUCACGUUGCUCAACCCCUCUUGGAAAUCUCUCGGCGUCUUGGCCCCAUCAGCCUGGGCGCUCUCCAGUUGGCCUUGGAUUACAUCAAGUCUCGGCGCCAAUGGACUUAUUGGCGGAGCCAAGACCACAGCCAUCUUUCCCAAUUUUAUCACCCCUCCCUCCAUUCAAAUUGUCCACAUCCAUCGGCAGUGCGAUCAUGGGCGAUGCUCGGGCGCACUGCGGCAGGGGGAAGGGGGGAUCGGAAUGCUGACGCUUCAGGUACCGACUAACACUGGCCGACUGAUCUCGAGACGCGAUCACAGCACAGCGAGCGCAGCGCAAUUUUCCCGGAAACAUUCGAAAACGUAUUACGGCAAGGCCUUGUUUCUUGGCCUUGGCCCCGUCUUGGCCGGGCGAUUGUGA